AUGUCUGCUAGGCUCCUGCUAGCUUUGGCCGGUGUGUUUGUCUGCGUGACGGCCCAAUCGGACCUCGAGAAGAAGGCCGCUGAGUUCCUCGAGAGGUUUGAUGAGAGUGCCACUGCUCUGAUGUACAAUUAUUCGCUGGCUUCCUGGGCGUACAACACAAACAUCACAGAUGAGAACUCACAGAAGCUGUCAGAGCAGGGGAGGAUCUGGGGCGCUUUCUACAGCGUAGCCUCGGAGGAAGCCCAGACCUUCCCCAUCGACCAGAUCAGUAACCUGGAGAUGAAGCUGCAGCUGCUGACCCUUCAGGACAAAGGCUCAGGGGCACUGGAUGCAGACAAGGGAGCACACCUGAGCAAGGUGCUGAGUGAGAUGAGCACGCUCUACAGCACGGCGACAGUGUGUAAGAAAGACGACCCCUAUGACUGCCAAACUCUCGAGCCAGGUCUGGAGUACGUCAUGGCCAACAGCAGGGACUACUACGAGCAGCUUCAUGUGUGGGAGGGCUGGAGAGUCGAGGUGGGGAAGAACAUGAGACACCUUUACGAGGACUACGUGGACUUGAAAAAUGAGGCCUCCAGGCUCAAUGGUUUCAAAGACUAUGGUGAUUACUGGAGAUGGAACUAUGAAACGCUUGAGGAAGGCAAGUACAACUACACUCGGGAUCAGCUCAUGGAUGACGUCCGACGGAUCUACCAAGAGACUUUGCCCCUAUAUAAGGAACUGCACGCCUAUGUGAGGGACAAACUUCAGAAGACCUACCCCGACCAUAUCAGCUCAGAGGGAGGACUUCCUGCACAUCUUUUGGGUGAUAUGUGGGGAAGGUUUUGGACAAAUCUCUACCCUCUCUCUGUGCCUUACCCUGGUAAAACCGACAUUGACGUCACUGAAGCCAUGAAGGCGCAGGGAUGGACUGUUGACAGAAUGUUCAGAGAAGCAGAAACGUUUUUCAUGUCGGUUGGCCUGUACAAAAUGUUUGACAACUUCUGGAACGACUCAAUGCUUGAAAAGCCAGAUGAUGGCACAAGGGUGGUUUGUCACCCAACAGCAUGGGACAUGGGCAACAGAGAAGAUUUCAGAAUCAAAAUGUGCACUGAAGUAAACAUGGACCACUUCUUGACUGUCCAUCAUGAGAUGGGUCACAACCAGUACCAGAUGGCCUACCGUAACCUCCAGUACCCCUUACGCGACGGUGCCAACGAGGGUUUCCACGAGGCCGUGGGAGAGAUCAUGUCUCUCUCCGCAGCAACGCCCUCACACCUGAAAGCCUUGGGCCUUCUGCCCGCAAACUUCACAGAUGACAAUGAAACCGAGAUCAACUUCUUGUUAAAGCAGGCUCUGACCAUUGUGGCAACAUUGCCGUUCACAUACAUGUUAGAGGAGUGGAGAUGGCAGGCGUUUCAGGGCACAAUCCCUAAAGAAGAAUGGAUGGAGGAGUGGUGGAGGAUGAAGAGAGAGAUGGUUGGUGUGGUGGAACCUCUGCCCCGGGACGAGUCCUACUGUGAUCCUCCGGCCUUGUUCCACGUGUCUGGAGACUACUCUUUUAUCCGAUACUUUACCAGGACCAUAUACCAGUUUCAGUUCCAAGCAGCCCUUUGCGAAGCAGCAGGACACACUGGCCCCUUAUUUAAGUGUGACAUCACAAACUCGACUGCAGCAGGCGGCAAGCUGAGGUCUAUGCUGGAGUUGGGGAGGUCAACGUCAUGGACCAAAGCACUGGAACAAAUUUCUGGAGAAACCAAAAUGAAUUCUCAGCCCCUGCUGGACUACUUCCAAGACCUCCAUGAUUGGCUCAAGAAAGACAAUGAUGCUAACAACAGACUACGAGGAUGGGACCACACCAUCGACCCCUAUUCAGAAAAUGCUAUCAAAGUCAGGUUGAGUUUGAAAGCUGCUCUGGAAGACAACGCUUAUGUUUGGAACUCCAAUGAAAUGUUCCUUUUCAAGACUGCCAUAGCCUUUGCAUUGCGACAGUACAAAUCAGAGGUCGAGGGUGAGGAGAUCCUGUUUGUGGCCGACAACGUUCACCCGUAUAAGUUGACCAAAAGAGUGUCCUUCUACUUUGUGGUGACACACCCUACGGAUUCAACCAGGGUCAUUCCCAGAGCUGAGGUGGAGGCCGCUAUAAGGUUCUCCAGAGGCCGUCUGAACAGUAUUUUCCAGCUUUCAGAUGACACCCUUGAGUUUGAGGGAGUCCUGGCCACCUUAGCCCCUCCAACAGAGCCGCCUUUCACAGUCUGGCUGGUGGCGUUUGGAGUAGUCAUGGGUGUCACUGUCCUACUGGGCACUUAUCUCAUCAUCUCUGGCUUUUUCGCCAGACGAAGGAAAUCCAAGCAAGAAGAAGAGACCAACUCCUUCACCAAUCCCUACGCUGAAGCAAAUGGAAUCUCAAACGAAGCAUUUGAGAUGGAUGCCAACGAUCAAAAGACAGCAAUGUGACUUCAGUGAUAAUGAACCAGUUUGUAAUGUUUGUCUGUUAUUAACAGAGGCGCAUCAUGUCACUUGGCUAUGUAGACAGCCGCUUGGGACCCCCAAGCCACUAGAUGGUGAAAAACAACUCAACUUUAAACUAAAAUAGCAGCGAAUUGUUUCGAAUGUUCAUUCCUUUCAGAUUUUGCUUUGGGCCCCCACUGACACUAGAAUCACCUCUGGUUAUGAAGUGGUUACAAACCAGUUUGUAAUAUGUUUUGUUAUUAAAUUUAUUUUUGUCAACCCAAAAUUAGCCUAGUGAAAGAUGACGUUUUGUAAAGACAGACAGCUCAAAGAAUAUCUAUGUUUAAAUUAUAUAUACUUGUACUGUUAUAAAUACUUACAUUGUUUUUAUUGAUUAGUUUGAACUGUAAUACAUGGAGGCAAUAUUAACAUGAAAAAAGUGUUUACAUAGUAUCAUUAAUCCCUGUACAGUUUCAGAAAUGAUAUGGCACACAAAUAUUCAAAUAAAAGAU